AUGAGAGCAGUUUUGAGCUUUGCCUUUCAGGUGUUAUCAACAAUCAUCAUCUUCCUGGCUUCGACUGGAACAUGCGUUCAAAUAGCAGUCAGCCUCACGUACACUGAGUAUGUCGGAACAGCACUGGGCAACGGUGUCAGUCAAUGGCUUGGUCUCCGGUACGCGGCACCGCCUGUUGGUGCUUUGAGAUUCGCUCCUCCGCAGGAUCCGCCGGUUUAUUCAGAGCCUCAACCAGCAAUUAACCAUGGAAAUUGGUGUGUCCGAAGGCCGGGUAAGGGCUUGACCUCGGAGGAUUGCCUGUUCUUAGACGUCUACGCGCCAACAAAUGCGACCACAGAUUCGAAGCUCCCGGUCUUCGUCUUUAUUCAAGGCGGAGGCUUCAACGACAAUGCAAACCCCAACCUCAACGGAACCGGCCUCAUAAAGGCUAGCUCAAACAGCAUCGUUGUCGUUACACUUAACUACCGCGUAGGGCCCUACGGGUUCCUCGCCAACAGAAAGCAAGCUGUUGCAAACAACGGUCUCCGAGACCAACGCAAGGCUUUGGAAUGGGUGCAAAAGUACAUCAGCCGGUUUGGAGGCAACCCUGACCAUGUUGUCCUCGGAGGAGCCUCAGCUGGCGCCGCCAGUGUCGCUUACCACAUGAUGGCCGACAAGGAUGGCAAAAGAAAGCUUUUCCACGCAGCAGCGGCCGAGUCAGUUUCCUUCGGCACGGUGCUCACCGUCGACCAAGCCCAAUACCAGUAUGACAACCUGGUGAACCGCCUCGGCUGCGCCAGCAGCGACUCCGCGGCCAGCCUGGCCUGCUUGCGGUCCAAAAGCCAAAAAGAAAUUGCCGAUAAGGACAGCGAUAUUCCCUACCCCGGCUCGUCCACGGCACCCAUCUACAUGUGGUCCCCCGUCAUCGAUGGCGACUUCGUGACCGACUACCCCUACUCUGCCUUUAAGACUGGCAAAUUCACCCGCAACAUUCCCGUCAUCUUCGGCGACGACACCAACGGCGGUGCCGGAUUCGCACCCAGCCGCAUCAGCUCCCUAAAAGACAGCAAUCAGUUCAUCAAGGACAAUUUCCCCGCCAUCACCGCUGGCCAGCUCGACACGCUCAACAAGCUGUAUCCCAACCCGCAGGCCUCCAGCUGUCCCAGCAUGGGGUGCUGGCGGGGGCAAGCGGGCAGCGUGUACGGCGAGAUGAGGUACAUGUGUCCUGGUCUAUACCUCAACGACGCGUUUGACCAUUACAACGACCGCUACCAAAAGGGAACCAGCUCAUGGGCGUAUCGGUGGAACGUCGAGGACAAGGACCAAAUCGCGGCCGGCCUGGGCGUGCCGCAUAUCGUUGAGCUGAACGCCAUUUUUGGACCGAGCAACAUCUAUUAUGGCGGACAGGUGCCAAAGAGUUAUCGUCCGGGCGGGACGAACGCGGCGGCGGUGCAGGUGAUCCAAGGCUAUUGGGUCAGUUUUAUCAAGACGUUUGACCCGAAUACGUUGCGGUGGGCUGGGAGCGCGGAGUGGAAGGCUUGGAAGAGCGGUGAUACUGCGGCGAGUGCGCGGCAUCAGAGGUUGUUGUUUGGGACGGGAGGGAAGACGGCCAUGGAGGAGAUUUCUAGGGACUCAGGGUUGGGGGUGAGGUGUGAGUUUUUGCAGUCUAUUGGGAUAAGUUUGUGGCAAUAA